UUGUCAAAAUGUUUAUGACAAGAAGGUAUGGAAAGUCGCUCAGGGGAAUGAGAAAUGCUAUGAGAUAUGCAUCUUCUCAAUAUAAUCGUAAUUCACAAAUAUAUAUUCAUGAACUGCCAAAUGGAUAUAAGUAUUCAUUUUCUCCAAAGGAAAAUUCUAUACCCAUUGGAGUAAGUAAGAAUCUACAAUCAAUUAAUCCAGACAAUUUCAAAGUUAAUCCUCAAUUUGUUGAUAUUCUUCAAGAUACUCUUCGAAAGCAUACUUAUAAUGAUUUUACUUUUGUAAUGGAAGCUGGAGUAAAUGCUAGUGCCUACAUGGCAAUUUAUGAUUUACGUGAAAUACCUAAAUAUUCUCGUAUUCCUGAAGUUGAAAAUAUCUUGGGAUAUGUUCAAGUAGAUGUAAAUGGGAAAAUGGUUCCAGAUAGUUAUGAGCGUAAUGAAUUAUAUCGUAUUUGCAAUGGUACCGCGGGUUUACCAAAACUAAGUGAAUACUUGUAUCCUUUGAUUCAGGAACAAUGUGAGAGUAAGUAAUUUAUUCCUUUAUACCGGUCCCAGCGCCAUUUGAAUUGCCGAAGCCCUCUGGAACCCCAGUAAAAGCAUGAAUUAUUUUAUUUUUCACAUUAUUAUUAAUAUUAUUAUGUAUAUAGGCAAUUAUGGGCCGUGUACCACGCUCGUUUCAUUAGGUAAGUGUAAAUAUUUGGUUUAACUUAAAUAAAGAUUAUUUUAGUAGUAUUAAGGUUAAUAUUCUUCCAGAUUAUCAAUUGU